GCAUCCAUCCAUCCAUCCAUCCAUACGGCUGAUGCUGAUAAGCAAGUCAAUCACGCUUAUCAGUAAGGUUAACGAGAAAAAAAAAGUUCCUGCAUCGUACAGUAAUUGAUAAUUUGUAUGCUUGGAUUUUGUAUUUCCUAUCGACGAAUCAUUUGGUAUACGACGAUCAAUAACGCCCCAAAAUAAAUCCCUUAACCUUUGUCCUCACACACGAAUAUCCAGACCACUGCUCAAUAUCUGCUCAACAUUUCAUAGAUCAAAAUGUCAACAGAAGUGGCCCCUUCCGCUCCUGCACCUGAGUCGGCCGUCCUUCCACAAGGAAUGCGCAAGAAUGGCAAACAAUGGCAUCCUGUGAAGAAAGCUUUCCGACCAAAGGCUGGAAAUACCUCAUAUGAAAAGAGAAAGGCAAACGAUGAGGCUGUAGCAGCCACCAAGGCCAAAGAAAAGGAGAUGAAGGAGGAGAAAGAAGCUGCACGACAGGCCCAUAUUACCAAAAUCAAGGAGAAGCGCGCCAACAAAGAGGAGAGAGAACGAUACGAGAAAAUGGCCGAAAAGAUGCAUCAGAAGCGUGUUGACAGAUUGAAGAGAAGAGAGAAGAGAAACAAGAUGUUGAAGUCAUGAUAGAUAAUCUUCCUGGACGGAGUAUGGCGCAUGGAAUAACUUGGAACACAUUGAAAGCGUCGGUUGAUAUGGGUGGCAUGGUUGAUUUGCGCAAGUCACAUAUAGCACGUCGAGCGAUAUCCAGCUAUUGACGGCAUGACAGAUGGCUACUGAAAGUCGGAUACAGCAGCACAAACUAGGGCUAUCUCCUAUCAUCGAGGACGAAGUCAAUCCGGACUGAGCGAAGCUUCUUGGAGGAAGCUAUGUAUGAUAUUGCCCAAACAGAAACUUCAACAACGAUUCAACAAGAUUCAAUCAGGAGUAAGGACCUCGGGUAUAUUAGCUAUUUCAAAUAGAUGAUAAAUACUAUCAGAAAUAAUCAAAGGACUCAGUUUUCCAUUAAAUCUCCUGCAUUGAUCUGAUUAGCUUGUCCUUUCA